GCUCUGAUCGAAUCCCAUCAUCUAAUUAACGUUUGGAGUCUCUGGCGGGAAAGAGAGAGAUGGGUGACCCACGUGGGCAAGGGACAGCGAUGGUGGGAGAUGAGGAGCUCAGGACGAAGACGAUGACUCGAUCUUCGCCGACUGCAGUGCGAGAACCGACAGUCGCCGUGAAUAAUCUCAGCUUUACGUAUCCAGGACUUGAUGGGCAACCCCCUCCUGGAGCUCGCCCAAUGAUUGAAGGCUUCAAUCUGACACUUCAUGCAGGAGAUAGAUGUCUUCUGGCGGGCGCCAAUGGGGCGGGUAAGACGACUCUCCUGAAGGUCCUUGGAGGGAAGCAUCUGGUUGACCCCACUGUUGUGCGUGUCCUUGGGCGAUCAGCAUUCCAUGACACCACAUUGGUGGCCACUGGUGAACUAUCAUACCUGGGAGGAGAGUGGCGGAGAGAUGUUGCAUUCUAUGGCUUCGAUGUCCCUCUCUUGGCAGAUGUGUCUGCUGAAAAGAUGAUCUUCGGAGUUCAAGGAAUUGAUCCCGAAAGGAGACGCCGUCUUAUACAGGUGCUGGAUGUAGAUCUGAAUUGGCGGAUGCAUAAAGUGUCAGAUGGGCAGCGGAGGCGUGUGCAGAUUUGUAUGGGCUUGCUCAGACCCUUCAAGGUCCUGCUACUUGACGAGAUCACCGUUGAUCUAGAUGUGCUUGGACGUGCCGACCUGAUGCAAUUUCUUAAGUCCGAGUGCGAGGAGCGCGGUGCAACGAUCAUAUAUGCUACACAUAUAUUCGAUGGGCUGGAGAACUGGUUCUCUCAUAUUGCUUACGUUGCAGAUGGCAGGCUGAAGCUGGCAAAGCCCAGGUCAGAAAUAGCAGAACUGAAGCAUAUGUCUCUGAUGAGAACCAUAGAGUUAUGGCUGCGCGCAGAUGUUGAGCAGCAGCGAAAGGCCAGGAAGGAGCGGCGAGCGAGAGGCGAAAAGGGAAACCCGUUCGAGUCGGUCGUCGUUCAGAACAAUGGGUGGGCGGCAGGCCGCAUGUCGUCAACAUUGAAAGGCAGUAGUAAUUCCGUCCUGAGGCUCUGACCAAAAAUACAGCAAGUUCUCUGCAAACAAAAAGGUAAAAAAACAGAUGGUUAAAACGAGAAAGUAAAGUGAACAAAAAAAAGAGCACCUGCUGUGCAGCCGUGCGCAUGCAACAAAAAUAAAAUAUAAGGAAAAAAAAAAAAAAAGAUAGAUUAUUUUUUUUCGUAGGCUAAUGCAACAAAAAUGCUAAGAAUGAAAAAAUAAUGACCUAUUUCAACAUACAUGUCCUUCGUCGGAUCUGUGGGCGCCUGCUGUGCAGCCGUGCGCAUGACAUCGAAAAGGGUUUGUUUGGACUUCGAAGUUUGAACUUGAAGCUUGUUGAGGGUUCGUAAAAGUAAAUGGAGACUUUUCUGUCUCUUUUUUUUUUAUUUGUGAGAGGGGUAGGGGGAAGGAGGAGAGGAGGGGGACGAAUAGUGUGUGGGCUGCCAAAAAUCUUGUCGAGAAUCAAUAAAGCAUUACGGG